AUGGCAGCCAAUGCUUCGGUGGUCUAUGACCUUCCGCCUCUUCCGGCGUAUACCUUGACACCACGUCCGCCUCUUUUAUCUCCGAUUCCUGAUAACAUCUUGUCGCUGAUCCUACCGAUUAUCGCUUACUGGGCUUUAUCCAUGGUCUAUCACUACAUUGAUGUCUACGACUUGUUUCCCCAGUACCGGUUGCAUACUCCGGCGGAGGUCCUCAAAAGGAACCACGUAUCGCGUUGGGAAGUCGUGAGGGAUGUCGUCCUACAACAGAUAAUUCAAACCAUGGCUGGUAUGGCUAUGUCGUACUUCGACCCCGUGGAAUGCAUUGGCAAAGAGGAGUACGAUGUGGCAGUCUGGGCGCAGCGUAUCCGUCUCCUGCAAAGGACCCUCCCGCGUUUGUUGGCGGUGUUCGGCAUCGACUCGAUGGGAUUGGCGAAAUCUCUGACGAAGAAUGGCCAUACGAUACUGGGAGCUGUUCUCGCAGGUGGACGUUAUCCGGGACUCACCCAAACCUUGGUCUUGGAGAAUGGCGUAGAAGCCAUCGCUCCUGCAUUCGCUGAUUGGGAGUUGUCCAUGGCUAGCUUCAUCUACUGGUACUUCAUUCCGACGGUGCAGUUUGUCUGGGGUGUAUGUGUCGUGGACACCUGGCAGUAUUUCCUCCACCGUGCAAUGCACUUGAACCGUUGGCUUUAUGUGACCUUCCACUCGCGCCAUCACCGCCUAUACGUCCCAUAUGCGUUCGGUGCUUUGUACAACCACCCCGUGGAGGGAUUCCUCCUCGACACGGCCGGUACCGGUGUUGCGUUUUUGACGGCUAGAAUGACCAACCGCCAGGCCAUGUGGUUUUUCACCUGCUCGACGAUCAAGACGGUUGACGAUCACUGCGGGUAUGCUUUUCCCUGGGACCCCUUGCAGCACUUUACUUCCAACAAUGCCGCCUACCAUGACAUUCACCACCAGAGCUGGGGUAUCAAGACCAACUUCUCCCAGCCGUUCUUCACCAUCUGGGAUCGGCUUCUCGAAACGCAAUGGAAGGGCGAUGUUAAGCUUCGUUAUGAGCGGGGCCGUGAGGCAGCACAGAGGAAGCUGGACGACGACAGCGCUCACGAGGUUCGAGCCAAAGGCAAGGACGUAUCGUCUUCCGCUACCGUCUCAUCAGAUGAGCCGGCUGACACAACUGCACGAUCACGAUUGCGCAAAAGGACGGCGACCUUUGACGGCCUGAAGGGUUCGAAGCACGGGGUAGCCAGCAGCGUCCUCUAG